AUGGUAGUGCCCCCCAAGACUAAGUUCUUCUUCACGGUCAUCCCUCAGCCCAUCUUCCUGAGCCCGGGCAUAACCCUCACGCUCCCCAUCAUCUUCCGGCCUCUGGAGGAGAAGGAGUACAUGGACCAGCUGUGGUUUGAAAAAGCAGAGGGAAUGUUCUGUGUGGACCUGAGGGCCACCCUGCCUUGCCACAAUCUGACCUGCCCACCAUUCCUGCAGUUGCCCAUGUGUGCCGUGGGGGACACGGCCGAGGCCUGGUUCUGCCUGGACAAUGUGGGGGACCUGCCCACCUUCUUCAGCUGGGACUUCCCCAGCCCGUUCCAGAUGCUGCCCACCACGGGGCUGCUGGAGCCAGGCCAGGCCUGCCAGAUCAAGGUGACCAUUCAGCCCCUUAUGGCGAUCAUCUAUGAAGUUCAAGCCACGUGCUGGCCAAUGUUUCCCUGGGGACACCUGCUUUCUUCGAGGGGCUGUUCAGCAGGGGCCGCAGGGGCCCUGGUGGGUUUCUCCUCAAGACCCCCCAUCUCUGCCCCAGCCAAAUGCGCCCAGCUGCUGGUGAGCAUAAAGCAGAAGCGACCAGAGGACCAGGAUGUCGAAGGCUUCCAGAAAGUGCUGCACUUUGGCUCCGUGGCUGUGGGCUGCACUGCCAAGAGGCAGAUCAAGCUGUAUAACCCGUCAGUGGUGAGCGCCCCCUUCAGGAUUGAAAUGGCCUCAGACACACUGGCCAAAGACCAGGCCUUCUCGUGCCCCACGGCCCAUGGCAUCGUGCCCCCAGGAGAGAAGAGAUGGGUGUCGGUGUUCUUCCACCCCGAGACCCUGGACGUCAGAACUAUGGACUACUUGUCCAUCAUGCCCUCUGGCUGUACCUCCCAAACCCUGCUCCAAGUCGUUGGUUUCUGUAGAGGUCCUGAUGUGUCCCUGCAGCACUACUGCGUCAACUUCAGCUGGGUCAACCUUGGGGAGCGCUCUGAGCAGCCCCUGUGGAUUGAGAACAAGUCGGACUGUACGGCCCACUUCCAGUUUGCCAUUGACUGCCAGGAAAGUGUCUUCAGCAUCAGACCUACCUUUGGGACACUGGUGGGCAAGGCCCGCAAGACCCUGCACUGUGCCUUCCAGCCCACUCACCCCAUCAUCUACUUCCGGCGGGUGGCCUGUCUCAUCCACCACCAGGGCCCGCUGUUCCUGGACCUGCUCGGGACCUGCCACUCAGACAGCACCAAGCCUGCCAUUUUGAAGCCUCAGCACCUCACCUGGUACCGCACACACUUGGUACGGGGCCUAACGCUCUACCCUCCUGACAUCCUGGGCAUCAUGCUGCACGAGAAGAAGUUGGAGCAGGAUAGGAGCGGGGCCCUCAUGAUUCCCACUGAGGACCUGGAGGACACGCCAGCCCCGCAGUAUCCCCUCAUCCCCCCCAUGGCUGAGUACUUCUUCGACGGCAGCAAUGACAUGGCCAUAUUCCCCCCGCCCGUCAGCAUAGAGCCUGUCGAGGUGGAUUUUGGUGCCUGUCCUGGGCCCGAGGACCCCAGCCCUGUCCCCCUGUGCCUGGUGAACCACACCAAGGGCAAGAUCACCGUGGUCUGGACGCGCAGGUCCGACUGCCCCUUCUGGGUGACCCCAGACACCUGUGAUGUGCCCCCGCUCAAGUCCAUGGCCGGGCGCCUCCACUUCCGGCCGCCUUACCCCAACACCCUCUACGCCGUGGAGCUCGAAGCCUUCGCUGUCUAUAAGGUGCUGCAGAGCUACAGUAAUAUCGAGGAGGACUGCACCGUGUGCCCGUCCUGGUGCCUGACGCUCCGGGCUCGAGGCCACAGCUACCACCCCAGCUUGGAGCACCACGUCCCCCAGUAUUCCCUGGAUGCCCCCAAGCUAUUUCCUGCAGUGUCCCCCGGCGACCCCUCCUACCGCAGCCUGCUCCUGGUCAACAAAGGCUCCACGCUCCUCACCUUCAGCCUGGCCCCCAAAAGCAGCUCAGACAUCUCCCUGCGGCCCAGCUCAGGCCUCGUGGCCCCUGGGGCCCACCAGAUCUUCCUCGUCUGUACCUACCCCAAGGGCAAUGCCUGGAAGCAGCACACGUUCUACUUGCAGUUCAAUUUUGGCCCCCAGUAUCUCAAGGAGGUGAGCAUGCAGAGCCGGGAGGAGCCACUGCAGCUGAGGCUGGACGCUGGCAGAAGCAUCUUCUUCAAGCCCACCUGGGUGGGCUGCUGCUCCACCAGCCUCUCCACCUGCCGCAACCCCUCGCGUCUGCCCCUGGAGUUUGAGUGGAGGGUCUCCCAGCAGCACCGAAAGAUGCUGGCCGUCCAGCCUGCCAGGGGGCUUAUCCAGCCCAACGAAAGCCUCACGCUGACAUGGACCUUCAGCCCUCUGGAGGAGACCAAGUACCUGUUCCAAGUGGGGCUGUGGGUCUGGGAAGGCGGCCUGCCCCCAAACACCAACCCCCCCGCCACCACCCACUACAUGCUCCGGCUGGUGGGCAUGGGCAUCACCAGCAGCCUCUCUGCCAAGGAAAAGGAGCUGGACUUCGGGAACAUGCUGGUGAACAGCAAGCAGUCCAGGCUGCUGGUGCUCCUAAACGCCGGCAGCUGCACGCUCCACUACCGCCUCUUCCUGCAGCAGCGCAGCCCCGAGCUCGUCGGCGACGGUACCCUCGCUCUGCAGCUGGACCGUACAGAGGGGAGCGUGCCAGCCCGGUCCCAGGACACCAUCUGCCUGACCGCCUGUCCCAAACUCCAGGCCCAGUUCUCCUGGACCAUCAGCUACUCUCUCCUCUCCCACAGAGAUAACAAGGUUGGGGAGAAGCAGGAGCUGUGUCACGUGUCCCUGAUGGCCGUGUACCCCUUACUGUCCAUCCUGGAUGCCUGCUCCAUGGGCAGUGCCGAGGGCAUCACCCGGAAGCACCUGUGGCGCCUCUUCUCCCUGGACAUGCUCAACAGUUACUUGGAGCGCGACCCCACGCCCUGCGAGCUCACCUACAAGGUGCCCACCCGGCACAGCACAAGCCAGAUCCCCCACGUCUUCACCCCUCUGAAGCUCGACUUCAAUUUUGGGGCAGCACCGAUAGAGGCCCCACCUUCUGUGGUGCUCCUGGUCCUGAAGAACAGUGGAGUGGUGCCCCUGGACUGGGCCUUCCUCUUCCCGAGUGACCAGCAGAUCGACCUGGAGCUGUGGGCAGAGCAAGCAGAGUUUGACGCCACCGAGCUGCAUCAAAUGCGCGUGCUGGACAAUUGCAUAUUCUCCAUCAGCCCCAAGGCCGGGAGCUUGAGUCCCGGGCAGGAGCGGAUGGUGGAGUUCAAAUACAGCCACGUGUUCAUCGGCACUGAUCGCCUCCCGGUGCUCUUCAAGGUGUCCCAUGGCCGGGAGAUCCUGCUGAAUUUCGUAGGUGUGACAGUGAAGCCGGAGCAGAAGUAUGUGCACUUCACCUCCACUAGCCACCAGUUCAUCCCGGUCCCCAUCGGCGACCCACUGCCCCCGAGGCAGAUUUAUGAGCUGUAUAACGGUGGUUCGGUGCCUGUGACAUAUGAGAUCCAGACCAACGUCCUGUUGCAUGUUCAGGAAAAAAAUUUCAAUCACCCCAUCUUCUGCUGCCUCAACCCCCAAGGGGAGAUCCCGCCAGGCACAACUGCUCAGGUCUUGUGGAUCUUCUCACCCAUUGAGGCCAAGACCUACUCAGUGGAUGUGCCCAUACACAUCCUGGGAUGGAACUCAGCUGUCAUCCACUUCCAGGGAGUGGGCUAUGACCCCCACGUCAUGGGGGAUACAGCCCCAUUCCACAACAUCUCCUCGUGGGACAACAGCUCCAUACACUCUAGGCUGAUGGUUCCUGGACAGAAUGUCUUCCUGUCUCAGUCUCAUAUCUCCCUGGGGAACAUUCCUGUGCAGAGCAAGUGCAGCCGCCUGCUGUUCCUCAACAACAUCUCCAAGAAUGAGACAAUUGCCUUCGUCUGGCAGCUGAGGCCUCUAGACUUUGGGGAGGUGUCCGUGAGUCCUGUGAGAGGGAAGGUGGCUCCUGAAGAGUCAAUCCCAUUUGUGGUGACCCUAAAGGCCUCAGUGCAUGCCAGCUUCUACAGCCUGGACCUGGUAUGCAAGGUGUACCAGCAGGAACUCCUGAAGCAGUACCAUAAGGAGCUGCAGGAGUGGAAGGAUGAGAAGGUGCGGCAGGAAAUGGAGUUCACCAUCACAGAUAGGAAAGUGAAGAGAAGAGUGUAUUGUACAGCCUGUGAACCUGUGAGGAAGUACAAGACGCUGCCCCCCAUCAAGAACCAGCAGCCUCUCAACCGGCCUGCCAACUGGAACCUUAAGAUCCCAAAGGAGGAGACAUCCUGGCCAUGUCCCCAGCUGCCCUCACCAGGCAUGCUCCGCUUGGGCCUCACUGCCCGCGCCCAUGCCACUGACUACUUCCUGGCCAACUUCUUCUCCGACUUUCCCCGCCACUUCUUGCACCGGGAGCUGCCAAAGAGGAAGCACCCCAGAGAGGAGUCGGAAACUUCUGAGGAAGAAUCCCUUGACAGUCGGGCCCUUGUCUCCAAGCAGGAGAAGCAGCUCCUGGUUGACUGUCUCACUAGUAUCAUCAGGGGCCUGCUGGAAGACAAGAUCUUCCAUGAGGCUGUGGACCAAAACCUGGUGGAGCAGAUACCUUACUUCUGCCAGUUCUGGAGUGAGCAGUCGGCCAGGUUCAUGGCUCAGAACAGCAGCCUGCACCUAGUGCCAGUCCUGUCUCCAUCCUCCAAGAGCUGGGAGGACAGCAAAAGCAAGGAGCAGGAGGAGGACAAACUGAGGCUGGGGAAGAAGGAAGCCGGGGAAGAAGAGGAGAAGGGCGAAGAGGAAGAGGAGGAGCUGGAGGAGGAAGAGGAGGAAGAGGAGGAGAUGGAAGAGGAGGAGGAGACGGGCAAGGAGGAGCUCGAGGAGGAGGAGCUGGAGGAGAAGGAAGCAGAGCUGCUGGCCUGGGUGGGGACUGAGCCCAUGCUGCAGCCCACAUCCCAGGAGUCCCUGAAAUGGCGGUGGCAGCAGCAGCUGAAGGUCAUACUGAAGGAGGAGCAGGAGCAGGACGAGAAGGAGGCCACCAGCCGGCUCCCGGCUUUCACCAACCUGCAGGAGGCGCUGCUGGAGAACAUGAUCCAGAACAUCCUGGUGGAGGCGAGCCGCGGGGAGGUGGUGCUCACCUCGCGGCCGCGCGUCAUCGCCCUGCCGCCACUCAGCGUUCCCAGGAUUCCGACUCCCGACCCGCUGCCGGUGGCGCCCCUGGGGCCGCAGCAAGCGGAGGUGCCCCACCCGGUGGCGCCGCCCCCUACUGACUCUUUGCAGACGCCAGCGCCGACUUGCCCUAGGUUCCGCCCGGCCCCCUCUCCACCACCCCGCCAGUAA